CGGCGCAGGGGCAAGAUGGCUGCUGAGAAGCAAGUCCCGGGCGGCGGCGGCGGCGGUGCCGGCGGCGGCGGCAGCGGCGGGGGACGCGGUGCCGGAGGGGAGGAAAAUAAAGAGAACGAGCGCCCGUCGGCCGGGUCGAAGGCCCACCGAGAACUCGGAGACAGCCUGAGCCUGGAGAUUCUUCAGAUUAUUAAGGAGUCCCAGCAGCAGCAUGGCCUGCGGCACGGAGACUUUCAGCGGUACAGGGGCUACUGUUCCCGCAGGCAAAGACGUCUCCGGAAAACACUCAACUUUAAAAUGGGGAACAGACACAAAUUCACAGGGAAAAAAGUAACUGAAGAUCUUCUGACUGAUAAUAGAUAUUUGCUGCUGGUCCUGAUGGAUGCUGAAAGAGCCUGGAGCUAUGCCAUGCAGCUCAAACAGGAAGCCAACACUGAGCCUCGAAAACGGUUUCACUUGCUCUCUCGCCUUCGCAAAGCCGUGAAGCACGCAGAGGAAUUAGAACGCUUGUGUGAGAGCAAUCGCGUGGAUGCCAAGACCAAGCUAGAGGCCCAGGCUUACACGGCUUACCUCUCAGGAAUGCUGCGCUUUGAGCAUCAAGAGUGGAAAGCUGCCAUUGAAGCUUUUAACAAAUGCAAGACCAUCUACGAGAAGCUGGCCAGUGCUUUCACAGAGGAGCAGGCUGUGCUAUAUAACCAGCGCGUGGAAGAGAUCUCGCCCAACAUCCGCUACUGCGCAUAUAAUAUUGGGGACCAGUCGGCCAUCAAUGAGCUUAUGCAGAUGAGAUUGAGAUCUGGGGGUACUGAGGGUCUCCUUGCUGAAAAACUGGAGGCCUUAAUCACUCAGACUCGAGCCAAGCAGGCAGCUACCAUGAGUGAAGUGGAAUGGAGAGGGAGAACCGUUCCAGUGAAGAUCGACAAAGUGAGGAUCUUUUUAUUGGGACUGGCUGACAACGAAGCCGCCAUCGCCCAGGCUGAAAGUGACGAAACCAAGGAGCGUCUGUUUGAGUCCAUGCUCAGUGAAUGUCGAGACGCCAUCCAGGCUGUGCGGGAGGAGCUCAAGCCUGAUCAGAAACAGAGAGAUUAUACCCUUGAAGGAGAGUCGGGGAAAGUGUCUAAUCUCCAAUACCUGCACAGCUACCUGACCUACAUCAAGCUGUCCACAGCGAUCAAGCGGAACGAGAAUAUGGCUAAAGGUCUGCAGAAGGCGCUGCUGCAGCAGCCGCCGGAGGACGACAGCAAGCGCUCCCCCCGGCCCCAAGACCUGAUCCGGCUCUACGACAUCAUUCUGCAGAAUCUGGUGGAAUUGCUGCAGCUUCCUGGCUUGGAAGAGGAUAGAGCUUUCCAGAAAGAAAUAGGUCUCAAGACCCUGGUGUUCAAAGCUUACAGGUGUUUUUUCAUUGCUCAGUCCUACGUUUUGGUGAAGAAGUGGAGUGAAGCCCUGGUCCUGUAUGAUAGAGUUCUGAAAUACGCAAAUGAAGUCAGUUCCGAUGCUGGAGCCUUCAAGAACAGCCUGAAGGACCUGCCCGACGUGCAGGAGCUCAUCACUCAAGUGCGCUCGGAGAAGUGCUCGCUGCAGGCCGCCGCCAUCCUGGAUGCCAACGAUGCCCAUCAGACAGAGACUUCCUCCCAGGUGAAGGACAAUAAGCCACUGGUCGAGCGGUUCGAGACUUUCUGCCUGGACCCUUCCCUGGUCACCAAGCAGGCCAACCUCGUGCACUUCCCGCCAGGCUUCCAGCCCAUCCCUUGCAAGCCUUUGUUUUUCGACCUGGCCCUCAACCAUGUGGCCUUCCCCCCGCUGGAGGACAAACUGGAGCAGAAGGCCAAGAGCGGCCUCACAGGGUACAUCAAGGGCAUCUUCGGCUUCCGGAGCUAACCCGGCUCCUCCUCUGCAUUGUGAGAAACCACCCAGCCCUUUCCGUGGCAUUAAGCCCAGGUCUGCGUCAGGCAGGGCGGAGCUCAGCGUCCUCGGCCCUGCGCCCCUCAUCUUGUGUGUUUGUGCACCUGCAUCCUUAACCCACGUGUGGGAAGGGCACACUGCCAUCUUCUAGGCCCUGUGUCAGGGUCCCCGUCUCCUGCGCCGUCCGGCUCUGAGCCGGGGUUGACUGCCUUUGCUCGGUUGCGUGUUCAGGGGUUCCACGGCAGGCUCAGGUGGGGUGUGGAUUGUUUCGUCACGCGUCCUCAGCACCAUGGAUUGGAAAUGAACUCAUCCCUGCCAUGGGGGCCAGAGCCCCCAAGGUCUGUCCAUGUCUGAAACAUCGGCAGUGUUGCCAAGAAUUACUCUCAGCCUUAUCCCCUUCACCAGUUUAGAACAAGCAGAGAGCUCUAUUUUUAGAAGAAAUAUGUUACACUCAGAAGUGAUGGAACCAAAUCUUAUAUUAAAAGGCGAAGAUGGUG